AUGGGACGAAAAGCUAUGAAAAAUUCAGUACCAACAUCUGAUCUGAAAACUGGCGAUGUAGUUUGGGCUCCAUAUCGACGUUUUCCGGAAUGGCCAGCACUGGUUCGUUGUGUCUAUCCUAAAAAAGUCACGUAUACAUUUUUACCAACUGAUGAAAGCUCAAAUUUGAAGUCAUCAAUUUUCAGCUGUCCACCACAAAAACUCCGACUUUUAACUGGCAGUGAACCUUUACCUGCUGGAGCAAAAAAUGACAUGAAGGAAGCCUACAAAGCAGCACUUGAAAUAUUGAAGAAAAAUGGACUUUUAGGUGCUGAUCAUCAGAUGUCAGAAGAAUUAGCAGUAUUUAAAGCAAGCGAAAUCAAUAAACAGAGCGUUCUGGGUGACCUUGUAAAGAAGGCCAAGAAAGACAGUGAUGCAGCAAGUAGCGGCGAUACGGCAAGUAAUGGAAGCGCACCUCAUGUUUGGGGUAUUGGUGAAGUUGUCUGGCUCAGUAUGCCAAAUCAUUCAGAAUGGCCAGUUGUGAUCCGUGAAUUGAAAAAGAAAUUUGCAAUGGUGGAUGCUUUUCCACUCAAAUUUAAUUGUAAACCCGAGCGUUACCCAUUGAGUGCUUGUCAGAAAUUUGAAUUAACAGGCAAAAAUUUGGAAACAGCCAUUAGAAAGGAACGAAAUUGCGAACUACGUAUGGCACUUCAAAGUGUAAUGAAAUAUUUCAAACGUAGAGAACAAAUGAACAACAUGGAGAAAUCUGACACGGAGGAGAAUGAUACAACAAAGGUUGAUAUCGAAAAUGAUGCACAGCCGAGACGUAACGGAAAGGAUAGAAGUACCACUGGUGGCUUGGAAGAGGAAUCGAUUGAUGGUGAAGCAGAAGCGAAAUUAGCUGGAAUGUUAAAGGAAGGAGAAAAUAAACGUGGUGGUAAGAGGCGUGUGGAUAAGUCACCAUCUCCAGCAGCAAAAAGACAGAAAUUUUCGGAUGUUAUGAAGGAUUUAGAAACUGAAUUGAGCGAAAAGUUGGAAAAUUUAACUAAAGGUGAUCUAGCUUGGAUUAAUCGAGCACGAAGUGGCCGUAUUGUCAAAUGGCCUAUUCUUGUUUUGAAAGUAGACAACGUCAAUAAAUCGUGUGUUUGCACUGAACUACCAUUAGAUGAUAUGUCGGCUAAUGCAGAAUGGUGUUUGAAUUCAGAGAAGACCCGCGUGGUACAGUUGAAAAAUAUCUAUCUAUAUGAUACAGUGGAGGCAAAAGUUGAUGAAAUCGAGGACGCGGAACUGAAAGCAGCUAUUCAGCAAGCUGACGAAAUUGCUGAGGGUAGUUAUCGACCUUUUGAUGAUGAGCGAAACAAUUUCGAUAAGAAUGAAAAUUCAAGCAUCCGAGAAAAUGGAUGCAAAGCUGCAUCGAGCAGUGUUUUGUCACCUAAGGAAAUUUUGCGAUUAUGCAAAUCGGAAAUGUGUGCAAGACAUUUAAUGGCAAUUUGGACUGGUCAGUUCACGUGUACACGUCAUGCUGGCUAUGAACCACCAGUUAUGGCUCCCCUGCAUUUUGAAUUAAAUAUUGGAAAUUUGUUACCAGAAACGGAUGCGACCUCAUUGGUUGAGCAUUUGGAUUCAACUGUUUCAAAAUUCAAAGAUGCAAUGAAGUCAUCAUUACGUCGGCUCCACUAUGUUACUACAGUUGCAGUACCGGAAGCAAUCAUUUUUGCUAUUACACAGAUUCGUUACUGUUCUGGAAGUGAAGCAAAUGAGAUUUUUGAAAAUGCAUUACUGAAGAAAGUGGAGAGGACUCCUAGCGAGCCGAGUGACGAAAUUGGUGCUACAACUGGAUUCGAGCAACUUCUGAAGGCAGCAUCCAAAGUUCGGUGUGCUGCACUGGGAAUGGAUUAG